AUGAGAGUGUUAUUUCUGAUAUUCGCUCUCUAUCUCGAAUUUUCUGUCACAUCUUCAAAUGUUCUUUACGUUGGAAGAGAUGCAACUCAUAUAACAUACGAUUUGUUAUUCUGUGGAACAAGCAAACUUUCAAAAGUUUUUGUAAACUUACUCUUGCAAAAAGAAACCGGUAAAUUUCGAAAAUAAUAUUUCUGAACUGUUGUUUUAAUUUACAGCUGAACAAGUGAGUCACUGUUGCUCACAACAUGAUGACUGUUAUAAUAACCAACAAAACCAAGAAAAUUGUGACAGAAUUUUCAAAUAUUGUGUGCAAAUUCAAGAAGGCGCUAUUGUGGCCCAGAGUUAUUAUGGGGUUGUUCGUGUUGGUGGUGUUGGUCCAUAUGGCGAAUCAUAUGGUGAGUGAAUAAAAGUUGAAAUUUUCUAAUGAUUGUCAUUUUUCAGUUGGUUCUGGCCCUGAUUACAGUUUUACUGAUUCAACAUUGCAUAAUGAAUUUGUUGCUGUUCGAAAAGAAUGUUUAUAUAACAGGAAUGCUCUUUCAUCAAGUGUUAUUCAAUAUGAACUUUGUAAGAACAGAGGGGAAAGUGAUUGCAAAAUGAGAGUAUGUUUUCUUCGGUUCAAAAUAUAACUUGGAAAAAAAUUAUAUUGUUUCAGCUAGCAGUUAACCUUUGGAGACUUCCUGCCGCUUAUAAUGGACCUUGUUUUGACACCAUACGGAAGUUUAUCAAAGGGGGUUUGCAGAUUUUUGACAUUUGGGAGCAGAGUCAUCAUGUUGGAACACCUUGA